CCUCCUCUCCUGUUCGGGCGAAGGACUUCCGGUGGAGCCGUGAGGCGACGCGUUGGACCGCGAUGCAACGACCGGGCUCACAGUGCGUGUGGUCGCUUCGCUUAUGCUAGCUCGCGGCGUUGUCGCCCAGCAUCGAGAGCCCAUUCCAUUGUCGUCCGUGGUAGCCGCUUAGGAUUACGAUCAUUGGACGCCGACGCGGAACCCACAACAGGCGGGACCCGGUGGUGGCAUGGCCGGAGCAGGCCGGCUGCAGCAGCAGCAGCGGCAGCAGCAGCGUCAUGUGGGGCGGCCAGCCUAGCGGCCCCGGCGCGGCCGGCCGCUGGGACGCCGCAGGCGGCGGCGCCGUGGUCGAGGCGCUCAAGGCGGCCGCCGCCGCCGGAGGCCCCGCAGGACCCCCUCCGCCGCCCCCGCCACCGCAGCAACAAGGGGUGGCGGGCGGCCAGGGCGGCCAGGGUGGGCCGGGCCAGGCGUGCGGCGGCGGCGGGCCCCCUUGCGGCGGUGGCGGGGGCGGCCCCCCGUGCGGCGGCGGCGGGCCCCAGGGUCCGCCGGGAGACGUGGGCCAGCAGCACCCGCUCUACCAGCAGCAGCAGAGCGCCUACGAGGACGCCCAGGGCCGCUGCUGCGCCGGGUGCGGGGCCAAGAUCCUCGACCGGUACCUGCUGCACGCGCUGGACCGCUACUGGCACAACGGCUGCCUCAAGUGCUCCUGCUGCCAGGCCACGUUGGCCGACAUCGGCGCCUCCUGCUUCGCGAAGGCCGGCAUGAUCCUCUGCCGAAACGACUACAUCAGGUUGUUCGGCACGUCGGGUGCCUGCUCGGGCUGUGGCCAGAUGAUCCCGGCCAACGACUACGUGAUGCGGGCCGCGCAGAACGUCUACCACGUCAAGUGCUUCGCCUGCGUCAAGUGCCACAGCCAGCUGGUGCCUGGUGACCGGUACAACCUCGUCAACGGGAACGUGCUCUGUGAGCAGGACUGCCUCAAGAUGCUCAAGGGCUCCCCGGCCACAGUGCGCAAGGGCAAGGUGCGCGCCGCCAUCAAGGUCUGAUGACGACGCCUCUCCUCCACGCGCGGCCUGCUGCCGUCAGCGAGCGAGCGCGCACGCACCUCCUCCUCCUCCCGGACCCCCAAGGCUCCUUCCCGACCCUCGCCCCGGACCGCGACCCUUUGCAGCGUCUGCAUCAUGUGCUUCUUCUACCCGGGUCCCAGGGGGAGGUCACAAUCAACGGCGGCAACAGCAAUAUAGGCACCGGAGCUCCCCCGCCGCAGCUCUUCCACUACAGCCUUUCGACGUCAUGCACCAGCAACGUGGCGAAAACGAGGGCCCGUGGGAGCAGCGGAACGCCUCUCCGCCCGCCGUGUCGCCGAGUGUUUUUCGAAUCUGAUCGUCAUCCGCCUGAAGAGAGCGUUCUGCGGACAAAGAAGGAAAAAUACAGCUCGCUCACUUACGACUAGCGACAAAACACGGCAGUGGGUCGCAAGUGGGAAGAAUUUGGGACUAGCGCAGAAAUUUGGCGGUAGGUGUCGCUGGCACCUUAUUUUUCAUUGAAGACAUGGUUACACCGGUAGGCCACCUGUAAGCUGUGGGACCGGGGAAGCAGGUUCCCGGAUUGUCCUGUUGUACAUCGGGACGCCUGCGUCGCCGCCGCCAGUGAAAGUGGUCAUCGGGCGCAAUCCGGUGUCGGUCGCCGCGCCGUCGUUCUGGGGCGUUGGCCGAGCGGCUUUGUCUCUUCGGGGUGGCCUGCAAUAAGAAUGCCAUCCGGCGCCGUGCAGCAGGCGCCGUUCAAGCUUUCGCCACGGAAGCCGCACAACAGGGAGUAGGAGGAGGAGAGAACCACUGCGAGACGCGGGAGUGCAGCUCUCGAAAGCAGCUGGAGAAACCACCCCUUCAUCAGACAUCUACGAGACAUUCUGAGCUUUAUUGUUUCAUGCUUUUUUUUUUCCUUCCCGCUUUUUUUUUUUCGUUCUGUGGUGUGGAAACGAAAAGACGGUACAUCUUGUUCCUCGUGUACUUUUUUUUUGUACAUACACCUUUACUUCUAUCAUGAGAUCUAAGAUCUGAUCUGUGCUUGUCAUGCCAGUCCAGCAGCGAGAAAGGAAACAAACACUGAAGCCACUCCACUUGUCACACGCGGCUGUAGCGGCAUUCUUUGUCUGACAAAGAUGCAACAGGUUCGUCAAGAGUUCGCGCAGUCUGAAUACUGAGACCGCUAUGCAACUACAAAAAGAUCGGAAGGGACACGUUAAAGCCGCGAGAAACGUCGGGUCGGAAGAGAAUGCUCGAUGACAUCGAGUGGCACAUUUCAGACUCGCUGGGCGACAGGCGCGCUUUUCACGUUCUUCAGGGAUAAGUUGCUUGAAUUCAGCGAGUUCGAGUCGGCCCAUAAAGAGAAGAAGCCUUCCCGACGUGCCACGGUCGUUCCCUCGCGCGUUCUUGCAGGAGCCGACUGAUUUGGCACGUUCGUCCUGGAAUUCAGGGGGAGAGAGAGAAAACGAUUAGCCACAGCACGCCUAGCUUUCUUUCAGUGUGCAGGCGCAUUUUGUCAUCCCAGCUGCCCAUCACUUUUUUUUUCCUUUUUCUUUACACGUAAUUACAUGCGAUCGCGAUGCCCCGUGUGAGCGAACCUCGCUCACGCGACCAAUUCGUGGUUCGAUGUCAAUAUCUUAUUUUUAGAGAAGAAAUGGAUGUAAAGUUUCGCGUGCACUAUUUGUCCAAUCCAGGCGGAGAAAAAAGGCAGAAAAGUCGGCGUCUUUCAAAAUAGUGAAAUACCUGCCCUACAGGAGAAAUGUUACCACACCCUUUCUGAAAAAAAAAAUGAAACACGGGUGCAACAGCAAGAGUGGCGAGGCCUCCGCAUUAAAACGCAGUGUCAUUUUUUAUGUUUUUUUUUAAUGCAUUUAGUUUCUCUGACUUAAGCCUUGUAUAGCACCGUGACGUGUCCGCGUAACUUGUGCGCUCCCGCAACCAGAGGCACUCUGGUUCGAAACGUUGCUCGGCAUGGCCGAGUCACCGCGGCGUCGGUCGCAGGUGUGCCCUCCUCCCGUGCUAUAUAUAUAUAUAUAUAUAUAUAUAUAUAUAUAUAUAUAUAUAUACAUACACACACACACACGACAGGAAACAAUGAUGAUGAUGCGCUCUUUCAAAAAGAGCGGCACACAUACACACACACACACACGUGCGCGCGCCCACUCGCACGCGCACCGACACACGCUCCACGUUACACAGCGCAUCGCGCCAAGCGUUUACACACAACACAGCGGAGGAGCAGCAAUUGCUCCAGGGCGGCUGGAGCAGGCGCAGAAAAAAAGCAAUAUGGCCGAAAACAACAGUUCUCGCAUCUUGUGAAUACCGUGUGUCGAAGUGCAAAAAAAAAACAACAAAAAAGCGCGAUUCCUCAUUUUUAUAUAUAUAUAUAUAAUGUAUAUCGUCGCUGUUUUCUCGCUCUCUCUUUUAUUUCUUCAGUCUUAAAUUUCUUUUAUUUUAUUUUUUUUUUCAUUUUUUGACAUGUGAAACAUUGUAGAACGUAUAAGUCUGUUGUUCUGUCGUUGGCAGAACAGAUGAACGAUAGAAUAAACUAAAAAAAUGUGAUGGCAAAAGUUGCAAUUCAAGUGUGCUCAUCCAGCCCCUGGAAAGCUUUACAGAUGCUUCUUCUUUGUCUGAUUUCUCUUUCUCAUUUGAUUUUAUUGGACUUGUUAGGCCUUGAACCUAUUGGUCGUUUCUUCAACGCGACGAAGGGAUCUUCCUCCGCCUCCUGGAGGGCACAUGAAUGACGACACCCCCUCCUCCCGUUUCCUUCCGUCUACAUCAUUGUUUAAAGACCACAGUCACUUUACUUCUUUGUCCAAUGCUUAUUAUUGUCUCUCGUUGCUACUUUGAAUAUGCUUUUUUUUAUGUCUCAGUGUGUCCCUUAUUUAAGAGGCAACCACAGGUUUUUUUUAUUGUCUUCCUUCUUUUCUUUUUGGCAUUUGUGAUGUCAUUAUAUAAAUAUAUAUAAAUAAAAACAUUUUAUUUGAAAUAAAAGGUUCGACUGCUGUGUAA